UCAUCUUUAUCUUGCUUACGACCAUGGAUUCCGAAAAACGGGCCCCUUUUCAUGUCCCGUUUGCUGACCUGGGAGAACUACAGCAGGAGGACAGACAACAUCGCACUUAUCGUCUUCGACUGGUUCUCUUUCUGACACUUUUUUUCGCCGCGUUCAUCUAUCUGUGCCGCAAUUCGCAACCAGUGUUCGAGGCAGAGAUAAGGCUCGAGGACCUAGGUCGCUCCAGCAUCAAACAGAGUAGCUUUCCCAUCACAGAGAGUAGCUCUUCCAUUGAGGAGUGCGAAUCCCUGUUUCUGUCAUUUCCAGAUGGGAAGCGCGCAGAAGAGACGUCAAAGUUGUAUUCCAAGCAUCCUCAUCUUGCUGGAUCGAUUGACGAUUUUGAAGAUGCCAAAUCUAUUCUCAAGCUCUUCCAGUCAGAAUUUGGCAUCCCUGAAACACGCAAGGAACCCAUCUUUCCUGCCGGUUCAAAGGCGUCCCGAUGGUCUACCCUUAGUCUAACUUCGCACUUGGGCAGCAGCAAACCAUCAGCGUGGAUUGACGUGUACUAUCCUGUUCUGAACACCCCGUUAGACCGAAGUUUGGAUAUUCUUGGAGAGGACGCUCGUUCAGUAUGGAGUGCCGAUCUCACGGAGGACGGUGACCCUUUGGACAAGGAUGCAGCCAAGUACAGGGACUCUGUCCCAGCAUGGCACGGAUUAAGCGCCGACGGAGAAGCUGCAGGACAACUUGUUUACGUCAACUAUGGAACAAAAGAGGAUUAUGAUGAACUGGUGGCGGCUGGUGUCGACUUCACGGGGAAAAUCAUUAUAGCUCGUUAUGGUAAGGUGUAUCGAGGUCUGAAGAUUGAACUAGGGGAAGCGCUUGGUGCGGUCGGCGCUCUCAUCUACUCAGACCCUCGCGAUGACGGCUUUGUGACCGUCGAGAAUGGGUACGCUCCAUACCCCAGCGGCCCGGCCAGAAACCCGUCUUCAGUUCAGCGCGGCAGCGUCAUGUACCUUCCACUGUAUCCCGGAGACCCCACCACCCUUGGAUAUCCAGCUUAUGAAGGAGUGGAGCGAACAAAUGCAACGAAUAUCCCGAAGAUCCCUAGCUUGCCUAUCUCUUGGCACAAUGCGCAGAGAUUACUCGAAGAAAUUGACGACGGCGUGAACCCGAGACUCACUGGAAAGCUCAGUUCCUCUACGAUCAAGUUGGUUAACCACGUUGAUACGAAGGUUACCCCGAUAUGGAACGCCAUGGCUGCAAUUCCUGGUCACAUAAGGGAUGAAGUUGUUUUAGUUGCUUGCCAUCGCGAUGCAUGGGUGCUCGGAGCUGCUGAUCCUGUCAGUGGGACCGUUGCUCUCACUGAGGUAAUUCGUGGGUACGGCGAGUUGCUUCGUAACGGAUGGAAACCACUGCGCACAGUCGUAUUUGCCAGUUGGGACGCAGAAGAGUACGGUCUUAUUGGAAGUGUUGAAUAUGGCGAGGACUUCUCAUCUUGGAUUGCCAAGCACGUUGUUGCUUAUAUCAAUGUUGACGUCUCCUCGUCUGGAUCCAGCUGGAAUGUAGCAGGGUCACCUGCUCUAGCUCCUUUGAUCAAGCGAACGGCUUUGGACAUCCCCCACCCUACUAUACCUGGAAAGACAUUGUGGGACGCUCGAAAUGACGAAGGACCCUUCCGCGAAGACAAGUUGUCUGUCAACAUGACUGCUGACGUUAAUGUUCUUAUGGACUAUGAGGCAAAUAAAAAGGCCAAGGAUGAGCUGACGACAGGAGUUCUACCUUUGGGAAGCGGCAGUGACUACACUGUUUUCUUACAGAGAUUAGGCGUCUCAAGCACCGAUCAAGGAUUUGGCGGCACGCCUUACGAUGCACCAUACCACUAUCACUCCAUCUAUGACAGUAUUCAAUGGCAGCAAGUGUAUGCGGACCCUGGAUUUCAUCGACAUAUUGCAGUGGCCAAGCAUCUUGGUCUGAUGGCUCUUCGUCUCAUUGAUUCAAUCAUAAUCCCCUUGAAUACUACUCAGUAUGCUCUCGAGUUGGACCAGUACCUGGACAACGUUGAAAGGCUGGCUGUGCAAGAGGCUUCUUCGACAAUCGACUUUGGAAUCCUCCGACUUGCUAUCAGUAAAUUGCAAGAAGCAAGCAAGGCAUUGGACGAAGAAAAGGAAGAUGCAGAGAAGACAUUUAAAGACCUCCUUGGACAGUUCCCUUCAUUGCCACCGCCUGGGCAUGCCAUCUGCCGUCGCCGAAGUCCAUCGUACAUACGGAUUACCAAUUGGGUCAAAGGCGUAUUUGGUGUUUCUCCGUUUCCCCUUGAAUCAGCGGUACAGCAAUCUACCAUCACAGCCGGCAUUCCUAAGAUUCCUCCCAUUAUCGAGUUCUUGAAAGCCCAGAGACGCAUCAGCAAAGCUAAUAAGAAGCUCAUCUCCUUCGAACGAGGUUUCAUCUCAGAAGGCGGAAUCAAAGGUCGAGAGUGGUUCAAGCAUCUAGGCGUUGCUCCUGGCAGAUACCUCGGCUAUGGUGCAACGACAUUACCGGCCUUGACUGAAGCCCUCUCUCUUGACAAGAAUGUCACUUUAGCACAAGAGGAGACAUACCGACUAGCAUCGCUUCUGGACAAAUUGGCAGAUAAUAUUAUGCCUUCCCGCCAUUCCAGGACCACUAUCAUGAACAACAAGCCUGCCAUGAGUGCAACAAAGGCAUCUCUUGACUCCAUCACAUUUUCAACCUAGAAUGCUACAAUCCCCGGAACGACACAUGUGCAUUUAGUUGUAAUCAUUACAUCCAUGUGGCCAAAAUAAACCCAAGCCUGCAACCGACGCAUUUUUUUUAAUGCAUCAUGUAACUGAUAAGAAGACUGAUUGCUCUUCCCAGGACGACGAAAUGAACUCAAGGCAACAUGUUAGAUCACAUAUGGGCAGGUUUACGAAGAUACUUAGACCUGUGACUGGUCCCUUACAAUUUUUGAGUGUCGAUAUAAGCUUCCUUGCUCUUGUAGAGAAGGUCACAGAUCUAGAUGAUGGGUAAACUCCUACUCGGCCAAAUUGCCCUAGCAGUGUACCAGAUUUUUCAUUCCAGCCACGGUCUGCCAAGCAAGUGCAAGUGAUAAUACAGUGUAUCAACCAUAU